AGUGAGGAGCAGGUCCACGCCCCCAGCCCCUGAGGGCCGGCCACGCCCCGGGGCGGGGCGAUGUCCAACCCCGGCGGGCUGGCUCAGUAAAGCAGAGGCAGCGGGGGAAGAUGGCGGCGGCCGUUCCGCAGCGGGCCUGGACCGUGGAGCAGCUGCGCAGCGAGCAGCUACCCAAGAAAGACAUUAUCAAGUUUCUGCAGGACCACGGUUCAGAUUCGUUUCUUGCAGAACAUAAAUUAUUAGGAAACAUUAAAAAUGUGGCCAAGACAGCUAACAAGGACCAUUUGGUUACAGCCUAUAACCAUCUUUUUGAAAGUAAGCGUUUCAAGGGUACUGAAAGUAUAAGUAAAGUGUCCGAGCAGGUGAAAAAUGUGAAGCUUAAUGAAGAUAAGCCCAAAGAAACCAAGUCUGAAGAAACUCUGGAUGAGGGCCCACCAAAAUAUACAAAAUCCAUUCUUAAAAAAGGAGAUAAAACCAACUUCCCGAAAAAGGGAGAUGUUGUUCAUUGCUGGUAUACAGGAACUCUACAGGACGGCACUAUUUUUGAUACUAAUAUUCAAACCAGUUCAAAGAAGAAGAAAAGUGCCAAGCCUUUAAGUUUUAAGGUUGGAAUAGGCAAAGUUAUCAGAGGAUGGGAUGAAGCACUCUUGACUAUGAGUAAAGGAGAAAAGGCUCGACUGGAAAUUGAACCAGAAUGGGCUUAUGGAAAGAAAGGACAACCCGAUGCUAAAAUUCCACCAAAUGCAAAACUCAUCUUUGAAGUGGAAUUAGUGGAUAUUGAUUGAAAUACUGUGUUUCAGAGCUAAAGACCUAAGCAACAAUUAAACAUGGUCUUGAAGAAAGUUAAGAUACUAAUGAGAGCUGGUUACUAUUUUAAGGAGUCAACUAGAAUUCAAGAAGUUAGAGCUUGUUUACUUGAUCCCCAACUUCUAAGAAUUGUAAUCCCUUAAGUCUAAAAUAUUUUACUACAGCUGUGCAAAGUAUUGGUUAAGGAGAAAUGAUUUUCCUCUUACUCAUGUUGUACACUAAAAAGGCUCUAAUAAAAAUGCAUCUAAUGUGUUGA